AUAUCAACGCGGAACUAUCUUCGUGUCAACUGUUUUGUUUACAAGCGGAGGAAGCGACGUUGCGCAGUGAACUUAGAAUAUCGCUACGUAUUUGACUCAUCUUACGAUAGUUAGUCUUCAGCCAUGGGGAAGUCGUUUGCUAAUUUCAUGUGCAAGAAAGAUUUUCAUCCUGCUUCGAAGUCAAAUAUUAAAAAGGUAUGGAUUGCAGAACAGAAACUAACCUACGACAAGAAGAAGCAAGAAGACCUUAUGCAGGCAUACCUGAAAGAGCAGGACACUUACAACAACAGGCUGUUGAUGGGAGAUGAUCGUGUUAAAAAUGGCCUAAACUUCAUGUACGAGGCUCCACCUGGAGCAUCUAAAGGUCUUCAGUCACAUUCAGACUGCUUCACUUUUUAUGAUGGAAAUGUUUCUGCUUCUCAGGAAGGGGAAGAAGAAUGCAAAUUUGAGUGGCAGAAAGUGGCCCCUCGAGAAAAGUAUGCAAAAGAUGACAUGAAUAUUAGAGACCAGCCUUUUGGCAUCCAGGUGCGCAACGUGAGGUGCAUCAAAUGCCACAAAUGGGGCCACGUGAACACGGACAGAGAGUGUCCGCUGUAUGGCCUGUCGGGUAUCAACGCCAGCUCCGUGGCCUCCGAGGAGGCAGCAGGUCCGUCAAUGCACCCCUCUGAGUUAAUGGCGGAGAUGCGAAACAGCGGAUUUGCCCUGAAAAAGUGUGUCCUUGAUAGAAAUUCUACUGUUUGUGAUCCAUCGCAGGAAUAUGUAGCCAGUGAUGAGGAGGAUGAUCCUGAGGUGGAAUUUCUGAAGUCAUUGACAACCAAACAAAAGCAAAAACUCCUCAGAAAACUCGAUCGGCUGGAGAAACAGAAGGCCAAGAAAAAGAAGAGCAAAAAACAGAAGAAGAAAAGCAAAAGAAAACACAAGAAGAAGCAGGAGAGCAGCGACAGCUCGAGUGACUCUUCCCACAGCAGCAGCUCCCAUUCAGACAGCCACGGCAAAUCCAAGGGCCAAAAGAGAAAGAGCAAAAAACGCGAGUCCUGUCGGGAUAACAGCUCUGAGAGCGAGCGGCCAGUCAAGAGUCAGAAAAAGGCCUCCUCCCACAGGGGCAGGUCAGCGAGCCCUCACGCUGGACAGAGGCCUCCUGUAGAAGAGAGUGGAGAUCACAGACAGAGAAGGACAGACAGGGGACGGAGCAGGAGUCGGAACCGCAGCCCCGAGAACAAGAUCCCGCCGAAAGGAGGUCAAGAGAGAGAGAGGCACCACAGCAGGGACGGGCAGACAGUGAGCAGCUCCACGGCCGGCGUGGGCAGAAGCGGGAGCCGCGAGAGAGGCAGGGAGGACCGAGGUAAAGACAGACGCCACAGCGGAGACAGGGAGAGGAACAGAAGAAGCACAGAAGGAAGGAGAGGAAGAACAGCGGAUGGGAGGAGCAGAAGCAGAGAGAGGAGAGAAGAAAGGGAGGUCAGGGGAGAAAGAAGCAGGAGCAGGGAGAUGAGAGAGAGAAGCACGGAGAGGAUGAAAAGGAAGCACUGAGUUUUGUCUUUAUAUAUCCAUAUAUGAGGAUAUACAGGUGGAUAAAAAAGUGAAAACUUGAUUUUUUUGUUUUAUUUUCCCUCAGUAAGUUAGGUUAUGGGAAUCUGGAAGUGUCCUCACCAGAAAUCAAAUUGGACCAAUCUGAUGUUGUUCCCCUCUCCCGCCGGUAGAGGGGGGCAGUGGACAGAAAAUGCCCAGACAGCUGCUCAGCGCGCGCCCGUGCUGUUUUAUAUCUAUGAAAGGGUCCACUUUAAUUACCAGUGGAGGCAAUUUUCAGCUGAACCGUUGAUGGGAAAAUGUUGGACUCAUUUUCAUUCAUUUGCCCACAAACGUUCUGCUCCUGUAUUUUUUUUUUUCCUCCUUCAGUUGUCAUUUUUGAAACAUUGUAAGAUUUAAAACUUGGACUGAUGGACCUUCGGUUUCUGAUUAAAAUUUUAAACCUCUCAAUUUCUUUAUUGUCCUUUUUCCGU